CGCGGCCACGGAGGAGCAAGACAGAGGGGGUUUCUUUUAGGGCAACACAAGUUUACACAACCAGAACUAGCUUGUUACAGUUUGAAGUUUCUGCUUUUUAUUCCGCUGUUUAUUUAUCAACGAUUGGAAGAUGACCACAGCCGUGGUGUCGCCUUUCUUCGACUUCAGCGAAAUGAUCAACAACAAGAACAAAAUGCUAAACUACAAUAAUAACAUCCUCAGUUCUCCGCACCCUGUCUCCGUCCCUUGCACUGGGACUAGUCUGUCCAUCUCUAACCCCACUGGUUGCCUGCUGGACAGGAAGGCUGUGGGGACACCCUCUACUGGUGGGGUUUACCAGCGCCGGCACUCUGUAACUUCGGCUAACACCAAACUCAACCAAAACCAGUUUUUGAACAUUGCUAAGGCAGAUCCAUCCCUGCUUGGUUCAGGGACAGGAACCACCGGCAGCAGCAACAAAGAGAACCGACUCCGAGACCGCUCUUUCUCAGAGACAGGGGAUCGCCUGCUACAGAAGUGUUCGGGCCCUGGAGGCCCCAACAGCCAGGUCAACUCGAGCCGCUACAAGACAGAGUUAUGCAGGCCAUUCGAGGAGAAUGGAGCUUGCAAGUACGGUGACAAGUGCCAGUUUGCCCAUGGCAUUCAUGAGUUGCGUAGCUUGAGUCGCCAUCCCAAGUACAAGACUGAGCUUUGCCGCACAUUCCACACCAUUGGCUUCUGCCCUUAUGGCCCGCGCUGCCACUUCAUCCACAAUGCAGAAGAGCGACGAGGGCCUCCUCCAACCCCAUCCCCCCUUUCAGCAUCCAACAAGAUGGAGAGGCCAAGGCUGCAACACAGCUACAGCUUCGCGGGGUUCCCCAGCUCUGGAGGCUUGAGGGACAGCCCCACUUCAGUCACCCCACCACCUAUAUUUUCCCCCGAUGAGCUGCCCGAGUGGCCUAGCAGCAACCCCUUCACGUAUUCCAGCCAGGAGCUGGCCAACUUCUUCAGCCCCAGCCUGGGUAAUGCACCUUUGUCCUGCUCUGACCCUUCCUCCCAGGCGCCACCUUCGCCAACAUCAACCCCUUUCUACUUCAGGGCAAUGUCAGAGUCUCCAAACCUCUACGAGUCUCCAUCCAGUCAGCCAGACUCACUUUCUGACCAAGAGGGCUACCAGAGCAGCUCAAGUGGAAGUCUAAGUGGAUCUGAAUCUCCCGUCCUUGACACCACUCGCCGACUGCCCAUCUUCAGCAGGCUUUCCAUCUCCGAUGACUAAAGCGCACUGAGCCAGACCCCGUCCCCCUUUCCACUGCAUGCAGCAGUCUUGAGAGGAUGAGAUGCUAGCACUCCCUCCACCUCUUGCCAUUUCUCUGGCCCCCUAGAAGCCGUACAGUUCCUUCCUUGUAUUACUUCCGCUCUGAAACCGAUGCAGUGAAUUAAGGGAUCUUUCUCUUUUUGAAUACUCUUUUUAACCAGAACAAGCUAAAACUGUCCCGGCCUCAAGACCCUUCUGUUUUCCGGGCCACAUCAUGUCGAGCCCCUGCUAUGUUCCUGGUGUGACUGUGCCAAACUACACAGAGUAGGAAGUGGAUUAGCAAAAUGCUAAUCGUGAGAGGUAUGAGACCGUUGUGCCAGGUGCCACAGCUGUAGUCAAGUGUAGCGGAGCUGGUGGCAUGGUUAAGGGAGAACCCUGCGCCCUUCCUUCCCCCUCACAAAUCGCCACUCUUCUCAAGGACACUCUUUCAUAACUAACUAAAGUUCACAAGUGUCAUGCUUAGACCUUUAACAACUGUCUUUGUAGACCGGCUUAAAGCGAAAAACAGGAAAAGAUGUGAAAAAAAGACAAGUGCCUGGGGGUCGAGUGUUGGGGUGAAUGGACCACUGUUUCUUUUUAUCUUUAAUAUAUAUAUUUCUUCCUUCUUUAUGGCCUGAUUAUGUAGCUCUUGUUCUGAGUGUGUGCGCCCCCUCCCUUGAAAUUGCAGAUUGCACCGGUCUGCAGGAAGGACUUUUCUCAUAAGGGUUGAAUGAGAGUGGAGCUUUGGAAUAUUUCAGGCACAUUCAAAUGUUCAGUUAGGUGCUACAUGCUCCAUGUCUCGCUUACAGCAGCACAAAAACCCUGAGAUGGGAUGUCUCCACUCGAAAAAUGAACAGUUCCUUACUAUUGUUUUUUUUGUUUUUGUUUUGUUGUUCUUGUUAGUGCCCCUUUUUCCCAUUAGUUGCUGGUUACUUAACAUUUGUUGGGAAGGGAAUCUUGUUAUUAAACCUUACAGACAAACUCUUUCUUCUCUCCCACCUCUAAACGCCGCCUUCCCUCAGGCCACUCGGCAAACAGAGGGGGAAUUCCAUCAUUCCCAAGGUGCAGUUCAACCUCAUGCAGCUUCACUUUAGUUCUUCAUACAAGCACACCUUUUUUCCAUAGAUUCUGCUCAGAGGAGCACUUCGUCAUCUUUCCAACUCUUGGUUUUGAUUUUUUUAUUAUGGUCAUUGUUUAUUAUUAUUAUUAUUAUUAUUAUGGUUAUAUUAUUGUUAUUGUUUGAAAACCUUUCACAACCGAAGGUUUUGCUUGUCACUGCUUAUUUAACUUAUCGAAACAUAUUUAUUGGUGAUCAUAUGCAUUUUUUUUGUUAAUUUUGUUUGUAUUUAUCUUGAUAAUGAAACGAUAGAAUAUAUUUUCUUUUAUGUUAAAUUAUGAUCUUCUGUAUUAAUCUUAAGAUUGUGAAGACUUGUCAGCUUUCUUUUUUCACAGUUUAAUAUAUUGUACUACAUGACUUUUGUUGGCAACUACACUUAAAUGAAACUUAAUUUAAAGCAAAAAAAAAAAAGAGCAAAAACAUAAAAAAAUCCUCUGCAUUUUCAUUUAUUUAUUGUAGAUUUAUUGUCAUUCCCUGUUCCCAGAUAUUUGACUGCAAAAUCAGUACUAGCAUACAAUCAUUCCUAGGUAAUAAACUCACAUGAGCGUCAGCACAGUUAUUAUUAUUUUUUUUUUAAUGAAAAAGAAAAUUCUGCACAUUUUUGUAAGUUAAUUCCCAUUUUGUAGCAAAGAACAUGUAUUAUGGCAGUGAAAACUCUUGUUUCUUAACCACCAAAAGUUACGUUUUUGUGAAAAAGAGACUUUGACUACCAGUCUAGUUUACUGAAUGCCUGAGCCUGGUGGUAGAUUUGACAUAACGAGGAACAAAUGAUCAGCAUUUUGUUUUUAAAUAUGCAUUAAUACAUGAUGCAGGAGUUUUGUGGCCUUAAAACAUAUGCACCACUUUUAAAAUACCACCAUGAAGUGCUUUUUUAUUGUUCUGAUUGUGCGUUACAAAGGUUUAAUGAUGUUGCAGGUAAUAAACCUCCAGUGUUAAAGCAGUUUAUUUGGUUAUAGUGGUGAAUAUGAUGAAUUGUAGGCAAUAAUUGUGACCUAAUGGGUUGAAGUCCUGUUGUCUUUGGACAUUCGGAUGUCCCAGCCUAUAUGUAAAGUGCCUCUAUCACACAUUCCAUAAGCAAGCGUUCUUUGCCUUAAAUAAAGCUGGGAUGCUACUUUUUUAGGACCUAUUGCUUGUAUCCUCUGUGGUGUAAGCAGUGAUUGUCCAAGUUGGUUAACAGUAUAGACACAAAGAAAGUAUCUGAAGAGUUGAAUGUAUUUUUUUUUUUCUUAUAAACAGCUAUUGCUGUUCACUACAGUGAUUUCUAUGAGUUUAUAUAAGAUUGAUCUUUCUUUUGUAAUGACUGAUUGCAGUUAAAACCAAUAAAAACCCAUAUUUUUGAGAAAA